AUGGCGCGUGGUGACAGAAGAGACGGGGACAGGGACCGCGGGCACGACGGCAGGGAGGAGAGGGGGAGGACUACCAGGUCAGAGGCACGUGCGGAGGACCUCGACUCUCUCAGAACCCAAGUGGAGAAGGUUGAAGCCAAGCUCACACGCACUUCGCACUUAGCACUCCAAGCAAGCAAAGACUCCGGCGAAGUGCGCUCAGCCCACCAGCUCGUGCUGUUUGUCAAGGGGCUAGUCCGUGAGCGCCUCAAAGAAGUCGUCGCUCUUUACCAGAGCGAACGCGACGCGGUAGUACAAGGACUCAAGGAGAAAGGCGCUCCACUCAAAGUACGACUCUACGACGCUCUUCUCAAGAAGCUCCAGGAGUUCGCUGCAACAGAAGCAGACUCGGUAGCAAAAGAGCUCUUGGAGCUGGGAGCCAGCUCGGUCCUCAGCUCCGUGACUAACGGGGCCAAGCCUCCAGAGGGCGACGUCCCCUGGGUCCUCGUGCUUACCUUCAGCUACUCGGAGCUGGGUCAAAAGGCCAAGCGGCUUUGGUGCAGUGCAAACCUACGCCCGUGUUUCGCCAAGACAGGAGGUGGUUGGCCGGAGCUGGGCUGGAGGCUUAGCGCGGGCAAUCCCGCCGAGAGCGAGGACUUCCCUCUACCGGCACCUGGGUUUGUGGAACAGCCCUCUUUCGUCGCCACGUCCGGUUGGGGACGCGACCAAGAGGGUUGGAAUCGAGACCGGCAGAACUGGUGGGUCGAGCCCACCGAGGAGAGCCAGCACUGGGACUGGCAAGAGCAAGCCUGGGAAGAGGGUCCCUUCACACCCGGCGUACCGGCACCAGGGCGAGGCGCACAGCCAAAGCCCUACCGGAACAAGGGUGAGCGGGCACCCCCGCCGGCGGCUCCUGCAGAAGCGUCGGCCACAGAAGAACAGGCCAACCCGCCCGCCAAGGCGGAGCGGGAGGACCCGCCGCACGAAGCGGCAGCGCCGGAGCCCGCCGGUGAGCCUACGGCCGAACCGGCAUCCCAGCAGUGGGUGUUUGUACGGGACCUGCUCGAAGAAGGGCAGGUGAUCCCAGCGGGCAGCCCCGCGGAAGGAGCCACCGCCACACCGGCACCUUCCACGGGAGCGGGCCGACCCGCCGAGGAGGCGGGCACUGCCAACCAGUCCCUCGCGAACUCCACGGUCGAGAGCCUCCACCAGCCAGGGGAGGAAAGCGAGGACGAUGGCAGCACAACAGAGUCCAGCCACGGGACUCACAGAAGCAGAGGCAGCCCUGGGCGCUUCCCAAGAAAGGACCCAGAGGCUGGAGCAGCAGCUGUUGCAAAUGCAGCAGCAAGCGGGAAGCACCGCUACCGCGGGAGGACCCGCCAGCAGCGCGGCGCCACCGGCGACGAGUGGGAAAGAUUUGUGUGGCAGUUGGAAACCUAUGCCGCAAUGAUCGAUCCCAGCUUCCCCCAACACUUGGAGGAGGCCCGGAAAGGGUCAGGCGACGACGAAGACGACGCCACCCUGACGACCGAAUCCGAGGAGUACCGCAUACUUAGUGUAAAGCUUUUCGGGAUGCUGGUCAGUUUGGUCAGCGAGUGCCCCGCGGCAUUCAAGAUUGCGCGCGGGAUCCGCCGCCAGGAUGGGUUCUUGCUGUGGAAGCAGCUGUGGAAAGAAUUUCAUCCUGAGCAGGCGAAUCGGGGCCUGAUCUGGCGCAGGGCGAUCCUGAGCCCCAAGUUUCCCCACAAAGAGGCCGACUUCGCGGCAGCGCUCCAGGAAUGGGAGAGCGACCUCGCCAAGUACGAGGCAGAGUUCGGGGCCGACAAGGCCAUCUUUGAAGAGGACAAGCACGCUGUCUUGAUGCUGACGGUGAGAGAGCCUCGGACAAUGGCAUCUGAGUGGGGUGGUCCUGCGAGCUCCCUGUAUCAAGAGCCGCAUCCGGCCUACCACGGCAAUCAGUACAUCUACGUGCCCGAUGUGAGACCACGGGUGUUGGUGAGAUGGCAUAUGCGGCCGCGUGUGGGAUUAUUCCAUCCGGAACAGACAGCUGCGCCAAUUCCUCUCGGUGCCCUUACAGGACAGCGACGCACGCUGCAGGGAUUUGCCAAUGCGGACAGGGUCAUUUGGGAUGACCGCUUCACAAAUCCAGAUCGUGAGAGGUCACAUGAAAAUCUGUGGAGAGGACGCACAGAGCUGGAAGUAGACCCAGAUGAACUGGCGAGACUCCAAGGGAGAAACGAGGACUCCGAUUAG